AUGCUCCCGUCGCGGAGGCUAUAUCUGCAAUUUCUCUGGGCCAGCGCCGACGAGCCUCCUUUUUCUAUCCCUCAUGAGCAGGAUGAACUAACAUGGAAUCUCAUCUCUAGUAUUCCCCCCACCAACCGCUCCAAGGUCAAGUCCUCCGCAGCUCGUGCCUUGCGGCAAAAGCUGCUGGACACCUAUCCCGGUUUCGAGCCUUAUAUCGAAGAGAUCAUGCCCAAGAAAGCUUCAUUGGAAGCAGUCAAGCUCCCCGAGCGCGCCACUCUCUACACGAUAGAUUCCAACCCCCUCUUCUUCCAGCGCUUCGACGAUCCUCCCAUUCCCCACCUCCGUCUCAUUCACGCUUUCCCCAGCGCUCUACCAACCGUUCAGAUCGACCGCGGCGCUAUUCGCUUCGUCCUUUCCGGCGCCACUCUGAUGGCUCCCGGUUUGACAUCUCCUGGUGGUCGUCUUCCCGACGCAGAGCACGCUCUGGAAGCGGGCCAGGUUGUUGCGGUGAAGGCGGAGGGCAAGGAGGAGGUCUGUCUUGUUGGUGCGCUGAAGGUUGGCACGGAGGAGAUCAAGAGUAAAGGGAAAGGUGUGGUGAUUGACGAGGGACAUUACUUGGGAGAUGGGCUUUGGAAACUACACUUGGAUUAA